AGCUGCCGCGGCCCGGCGCCGGGCUCGCCUGGAGCUGAGGGCUGAGCGCAGGGGCGCGGAGCUGACCCGUUGGGCCGGAGCUGCCGGCACCCACCCUGAAUAAGAAGGAGAGCCGGAGCUGUCCGGUCAGCUCUAGCCUCGCAGGUUCUCAGCCUCCCAGCUAGAGUCCGGCUAGGAUCUGAAACUUUUGUCAUGCAACCCUGGAGCUUGUGCGGAGCGAAACAAAAAGUUCCUCCAUCUGUAAAUUGAUGAUGUUGGAUCAGAUUUCCAUUGGCCCUUCAAGCUAUUGAAAAGGAAGAAACAGGAUAUGAUCAUCCUUCCACUUACCCAGGUUCACAACUUUGGAGUUUUCCUGGAUUCCUCAAGCUGCCUUUCAUAUCCAAUCAGAUGCUAAGCAGGGCAGACCAUAUAUCAUGUAAGGACGGAAACCAAAAUGGGAGGUCAGCUGAAUCUACAGAAAUUAGGAUGGUUUCCUGAAUGCUUUCCCUUCCAUAAAGACUGAAGUCAUCCACAUGAGUCCAAAUAUGAGAUGUUCCUGGCUAGUGACCAGUUAGCCCAAGAUCUGAGGAUGGUGCAGCGAAAGACUCAUUUAUCCGCUUAAGAACUUUCAAAAGAAAUCCAGUCUCAGCCAGCCAUGGGAGAAAAUGCAAGCAUAUGGUGGAACUUGCUAGGUGAACAUCCACUCUGCACAGCCUGGAAGCAAGAGGCAGAAGGGUCCAUUUAUCACCUGGCUAGUAUUUUAUUUAUAGUUGGCUUCAUGGGAGGGAGUGGAUUCUUCGGGCUCCUGUAUGUAUUCAGUUUGCUGGGACUGGGAUUCCUCUGCUCUUCAGUUUGGGCCUGGGUAGAUGUCUGCGCAGCUGAUAUAUUCUCCUGGAACUUUAUCCUGUUCAUCAUCUGCUUCAUGCAAUUUGUCCACGUGGCCUACCAAGUCCGCAGUGUCACCUUUGACAAAGAAUUUCACGAGCUCUACAGCUCUCUGUUCCAGCCCCUGGGAAUUACGUUGCCUGUCUUCAGGAAGAUUGUUUUGUGUUGCCAAGUGGUCUCAUUGGAGAAGGAGCAUUGUUAUGCCAUGCAGGGCAAAACACCAAUCGAUAAACUCUCUUUACUUGUGUCAGGAAGGAUCAGAGUGACAGUGGAUGGAGAGUUUCUGCAUUACAUUUUCCCCCUUCAAUUCCUGGAUUCUCCUGAAUGGGAUUCACUGAGACCCACAGAGGAGGGUAUUUUUCAGGUAACCCUCAUAGCAGAGACAGAUUGUCGGUAUGUGGCUUGGAGGCGAAAGAAACUGUAUUUGCUCUUUGCUCAGCAUCGUUUCAUCUCCCGCCUGUUUUCUGUUUUAAUUGGCAGUGAUAUUGCUGACAAACUCUAUGCCUUGAAUGACAGGGUGCAUAUGGGAAAAGGCCAUCGCUAUGACAUCCGCUUACCUAACUUCUAUCAAGCUGCCACCCCAGAAAUAGCCAGAUCACCUCUGACAGAACAUUUUCGGAAAAAUACCAGAAGAUACUGAUAUAACCAUUUCCAAAUGAUGUUUUUUUUUUUAAGUAUAAAAAAUUCUCUCUUUAUCAGCCAUUACUCCACCUCUAAAAAUUCUCUUUAUCAUUCCUAGGAUUAAAUAGGAAAAUGAAAUGACCGAAGUAAAGUUCACCAAUAUUUUUAUAAAUCACACUGGGAAGUCACAGGGCUAAUAUCUCUGGUUAAGUACAGCUAUUUUCAUGCACCAUAUCAAUAUAUUUUUUGCAACUAGCCUACUGUUUUAUGUAUCUCAAAUAUUUUGUCAUAGUUAAGCAGUUGGUAUUGAUUUCUCUGGUGUGUCUGAUUGUUAUUCUUGUGACAGGAAGAGAUCAAUAAUCAUAGCAUGUAUUUGGUGCCCCUUGCAUCAGAACUGGAAAAGUAAAAUUUAAUAUGCUCAGAUUCUUUAUCUAAUUUAUUCAAGCCUAUGCCCUUGACUUCUUUAGAGGAACUGUACUGGUCAGUUUCAAACUCACUCUCUCUCUCUCUCUUUCUCUCUCUCUCUCUAUUUCUCUCUUUCUCUCUCUCUCCU